AUGGCCGGACCCAGCCUUGCCUGCUGCCUGCUCGGCCUCCUGGCGCUGACCUCCGCCUGCUACAUCCAGAACUGCCCCCUGGGCGGCAAGAGGGCCGUGCUGGACCUCGACGUGCGCAAGUGCCUCCCCUGCGGCCCCGGGGGCAAAGGCCGCUGCUUCGGGCCCAGCAUCUGCUGCGGGGAUGAGCUGGGCUGCUUCGUGGGCACAGCCGAGGCGCUGCGCUGCCAGGAGGAGAACUACCUGCCGUCGCCCUGCCAGUCCGGUCAGAAACCUUGCGGGAGCGAGGGCCGCUGCGCCGCCGCCGGCAUCUGCUGCAACCCUGACGGCUGCCGCUUCGACCCCGCCUGCGACCCCGAAGCCACCUUUUCCCAGCGCUGAGAUCCGCCGGCCCCAGCCCUGUCGGAUCGCACCUCUUGCUCCCUCCGUAGUCACCCCGCCCCCGAAAUUAUGACUCUGAAAUAAAGCACAUGUUUUCCCUUGCAA